GUCGUGUGCGUGACGUAGUUGGCGCAUGCGCGCUGAGGAGUGUGUUGCUGCUCGAGACUCUUCAUCAUCCCCGCAGGGAAUCUCUGUCUGUCUGAUGUGGUCUAGAAGAGCGCAGUGAUGUCAGGAAAUAAAGCGGUGGAGCUGCAGAUACAGAUGCGACAGAACGCAGAAGAUCUGCAGAACUUCAUGAAGGAGCUGAACAACUAGGAGGGAGAAAUCAAGAAGAAAGACCAGCAGCUCCGCGCCAGAAACGUCAGCGAACCGCCGAAGACUCUCCCGCCGGUGAGGAACAAAGAUUAUAAGACGACGAAAAAGAGCGUGAAGCACCAGACUAACGGUCUGAAAGAGCAAAAGGAGACGCAGCGCAUAAAAUCCUACGAUUAUCAGGCCUGGGACAAAUUUGAUGUGGAUAAGUCUCUGGAGGCCAUGGACGCGGAGGAGAGCCCGGUCCACUCCAACGAAUCCUACUCUGAAGGGCUUCAGGUGGACAGAGAUCUGGCGCUGACCGAGAAAGAGAAGGGGAACGCUUACUUUAAAGAAGGCGAGUACGAGGCGGCGGUGGAGUGUUACUCGAGAGGAAUGCAGGCGGAUGGGACGAAUGCACUGCUGCCUGCUAACAGAGCCAUGGCUUACCUCAGACUCCACAGGUUCAGCGAGGCGGAGCAGGACUGUAGCGCAGCUCUCGCUCUCGACGCCUCGUACGCCAAAGCCUUCGCCAGACGAGCCACGGCCAGAGCCGCUCGAGGCAGGACCAGAGAGGCCAAAGAAGAUUUCGAGCAGGUUCUGAAGCUUGAGCCGGGAAACAAACAGGCCUUGAGUGAGAUCGAGAAACUCUCAGCGGAGAUGAGGAGCAGCGGUCUUCUGGCUCCAGAGGACAACAAACAGAGGAGAAGCAUCCAGUCCAUCAACAAACCUGAAGAUCUCAGAUCCGCCAAACCCUUGAGAAGGCUUGACAUCCAGGAGGUGGGUGCAGAGAUCUCACCGUCCACGUCUUCACCGCAUCCCAAGAUCCAGAAGAUAGAUGAGAUCUCAGACGCUCCUGUAUCCAGGGCUUGUGUAGAUGCAUCUGCAGAUCCUGAAUCGAUUCCUCCUCCACCCAGCAACGCUUUCCAGCUGGAGGCCGACCUCAGGAAGACCAGCCGUCACCCACAAUCCACUUACAGAUAUCUGAAGCAAAUCAGUCCAGACGCUUAUCUGAAGAUCUUCCAGAACUCUCUGGAGCCUGAUGUUCUCAACCACAUCCUCAAGACCUUCCACAGCUUCUUUCAACGUGAAGAUGCACCUCUUCUGCUGGCCGUCCUGAGGAGCCUGGCGAGCGUGAGGAGGUUUGACAUGACCGUCAUGUUCAUGUCGUCCGCCGAGAAGAAACUCUUACAGGAGCUGUUUGACUGGAUUCACAGCGCCGGUCUGGGAGACGCUUCUGUUCAAGACUUGCAGAAGAAAUACGGCCUUUGACCUCUACAGAAAUCUCUCCGGAUUAGAUUUACGAUCAGACUGACACCUCACUGUCUGGCUUCGCUGUGAAUGAAUCCGAUGCUCCGAUUCCUCCGAACGGACGUUUGAAUGGGUUUAUGUGGUUCCUGUGCAGAGGAGCAGAAUUUCAUACGAUACUAUUAUGAGUCCAUCUGAAACGUUCACUGUCGGUUCACGUGUUUUUCUUCUGUUUCUGUAGUUCUGAAUGCUGCAGUAUUAAAGUCAACAUGAAAUCCAAAGGGACUCCAGACUCCAAUCCUA